CCAUUUUGGAUUUAGUUGAGUUUGUUGGUCAACUCAGCGAGAAGUGUGCGGCUGAGGGAACUAAAUGGCAAACAAAAGCAAAACAAUGGGAUCCAAAGGAAAUGCUGAAGUAAAUUAUGUUCAUCAAAAUGCCAUUUUGUGCGAAACAAUCCAGAAGGAGCAGAAAAAUCACAAAUUAUACACCAACUACAGCAUAAACCCGUUUAAGAAAAUGUAUACGCUUACUGGAAAACCGAAUUCUGUCCACGAUUCAGCAGAUGGAGAAGAAGAUGACAAUUUCCUAGAGGUCAUCAAAAAGUCUAAUGAAACACCAGUUAAGAAAUUCAAAUUCCCACAAACAUCAGCUCAGGAGGUUGGAUGGAAUACAGAACCACUGAUUGACAGGUUGUGGAAAGACAGACUGGAUCAUCCAAUAGUUAAUUCUGAAAUCACUAAGUUUAUGGACAAGAAAUGGAUGGUGAAAGAACAGACAGAAAUUAAUCAAAGCUGAAUGCUACUGUAUAAUCUAUCUUUGAAAUUUGAAAUUUUGAAAUUUUAUACUUCUUUUUAGCUCCUGUGCCUGUGAUAAUGUGGAUAUUUGUUAUCUGCAAAGUAUUAAAUUAGAAAUUGCUUGUCAUUAGUAAAAAAAUACAAGUUGGCUA